GACCACGCGUGGCUUCUCGCCCACAAGUGGAUGAGCUCCGCCAAAUUGCAAGAAAUGGUCAAGACGGAGGGCCUGGUCUACAAGAAGGGGAAAUUCUCAGCUAUCGAAGAGAAUGCGUUGAAGAACGCGAUCCAACAGUACCGAGAGAACAACGGCCUAUCCGAAGAACAGCUGUACGAGCUCAUCUUCGCCAAGGACAGGACUGUGAGCCACCAGACCUUCUGGAGCGAGAUCACUUACGCUGUUCCUCAACGGCCUGUUAACUCCGUCUACCACUACGUCAAGCGCGCAUACCAUCCCUUGAAGCAGCAGGGCCGGUGGAGCGAGGAGGAGGACGCUCGCCUGAAGCAGGCCGUCACCGACCUCGGGCAGUCGUGGGAGAGGGUCAGCGAGCGCGUCGGCAGGAUGCCUGGCGACUGCCGCGAUCGGUACCGCAAUCAUGUCGCGCUGCCGGAUAAGAACACGGGCCCCUGGACGCCCGCCGAGGAAGAAGAGCUCACGCGCAUCGUCAAGCGCCUCACCAUCGACCGCGGCAAGCCCGCGGACCAGGACGUCUUCUGGGGCCUCGUGAGCCGCGAGAUGGGCGGGAAGCGCAGCCGGCAGCAGUGCCGGAUCAAGUGGACGGAUAGCCUGAGCAAGACGGUGAAGAAUGCGGACAAGGACGUAAGGUGGGGGCAGGAGGAUGCGUUCAUUUUGGUGCAUAAAGUCGACGCCCUCGACGUUCGCGACGACACCGAGAUUGAUUGGCGGUCGCUCCUGGAUCCGGGCUGGAAUAUCUGGAGCCCGCAUACGCUGCAGCGGCGGUGGACGACGCUCAAGCGGGGCAUCAAGGGCUGGGAGGAUAUGUCGCAUGCAGAAAUCAUGGACAUCCUCCGCGUCAAGAAGGGCAUGGCUCCGAUGCCUGCUUCGUCUCGGCGGCGGGCGAAGAAACGAACAUCGACUGGGGAUGCGCAGGAGGGGUCCUCAAGGGUGGUGUCGAAGGAGUUCAUUGACGAUUCCGAUGAUGAGUCGGGCGAUGAAUGAAGGGAAGGAGACAGCGAGUGUGCUCGGGCAUGAGGGAGAUGUCAGGCACUCCACUUCCUUGGUUUAGUCCAAUGAAAAUACAACCGCUUAUAGUACAGAUAAGUUACCACAGACCAAAGAGUAGGGUA